GCGGUGGUUUCAUUUUUUUUUAUUUUGUUGCGAAUUGGCCCAAAUAAUCUGAUUUGUCAUUAAUAAGCUCGAUUUUGAGACUUCUUAAAGCCAAGUUUUGAUUCGCGAAAGUCUAUCACAUGCAAGAAACUAACCAAUCACAGAUGUCAAUUCCUGGUCGUGUUCUCAUCGUUGGAGCUGGACUUACAGGCUCUUUGACAGCUUGCUUAUUAAGAAGAAAAUUCCAAAAUAUAGAUGUUACAAUUUGGGAAAAAUCCAGGGGGGUCGGGGGUCGCAUGACAACAGCCAGAAGUCAUAAUGACCCUAUGUGCCGUGCCGAUACUGGGGCACAGUAUAUAUCAGCCACGCCUAGCUACUUUGCCUCUCAUGAAAGUUUCUACAAGGAGUUGCUGACAGCAUCUGUACUGGUUCCAUUCUCUGGUCUUAUUGAAGGAGAAAAGAAGCAAGAUGGAGUUCAACAUUUUGUAGCCCCAGAAGGAACAAGCUCUAUAGCAAAAUAUUUCAUAAACCAAUCAGAUUCAACCGUUGAAUUUCAUACGCACUGCAGUGAAAUCAAUGAAAGUGAUGGCAAACAGCAAUGGAAAGUAACAGAUCUCCAUGGAAACACGACAAACUUUGAUGCUAUUGUUAUWACCAUACCAACACCUCAGAUACUGAGCCUUAAGGGAACGAUAGCUACUAUCAUUGAAGAACACAGGAGUGUUUUUGAAAGUGUYAGAUAUUCAUCGAGAUAUGCAUUAGGACUGUUUUAUGAUCAGAAUACAGAGAUUCCAUUCCCAUGGGUGGCAAAAUAUGUUACUGGAGAUCCUUGUAUUAGAUUUKUUAGUGUGGAUUCAAAAAAACGAGGCAAAGAUAAAGAUAGCCUGCCUCCUUCUCUAGUAGUACAUACUAGUGUUCCCUUUGGAAUAGARCACCUUGAAUCACCACAUCAAGAAGUUGAACAACUAAUUCUCACACAUUUAUACAAACUUUUCCCUGAUCUACCAAAACCAASAAGUGUUAAAUUCCAAAAAUGGCGGUAUUCCCAAGUAUCGACUCCUGUCGUUGGUGAACCUGGAUGUUUAGUGUUAAACACAAUKCCUUUGGUAAUUGCUGGUGGGGAUGCAUUUGUGCAUUCCAAUUUUGAUGGAUGCGUGGAAUCUGCUUUAGCAAUAGUGAARAAAUUCACAAGUUCAAAAAUGUAGAUAUUGAAUAAAUUAAAUCCAAAAAUUCCCAAUGGAUGUCAGCAAUUUUACUGCAGAAUAUAAUUGGAUUUACUAUGAUGGUAACACCUCAUUACCACCCUGUAUUGAAUGGAUGCACUCUCCAUGGGUGKUUCCUAGUAUUSGAAGUCUCUUUCUGUUUGCAACAACAACCUGUUUUGGUCAACAAGUUCCCAAUCUUAAGUAAAACACGUAACAAUUAAAUUAAAAAUUAAAGACAACACAGUCUUCAGAGUGCUAAACAGACAGAUUUUAUUUCUUUAAUUUGUACAAUCUAUCAUAUUAUUAGUUAGUUAUGAAUUUUUUUGGUAGUUUUUCUUGUUUUUUUGAAAAUUGGGUACUAUGCAUUCCUAUCUAUCUGAAAAAGGCUUGAUAUUGGUCAAUAAUGUUAUUUUAUUACUAUGGUAGUCAAUUAAGAUUACUGCUAGCAUAGUAAAAACUUGCUACAAAAUAAACACUAUUAAGUAACUUGUUUAAGUUAACUAUUAGCUUUUAUUUUGUAAAAUAGUGUGUUCACAUUUUAUUACAAGACGCAUCAAAAG